AUGGGAGACUACUACCAUCACUUCCUGUCUUCGAUGUCCGGGGCAGGGAUGAAUCCCGCGACAUCCCCGGAGGAGAUGCUCGACCCUCGAAUGCAUGGAGCACCGAUGCCGAUGGUAUCUGCGCCGUUACCCGGUCCGUAUCAGCAACUUGGAUAUUUUACCGGGUUUCCAGAUCCCAUGAUGUUCAAUCAGAACAAGUCGCAGAAAGCUCGCAGAAAGUCUGCGGCUGGUACCCCUGCAGCAGUUGAUCAUGUCAAGCAUCGAAGAACACGAUCAGGCUGCUUCAUGUGCCGCAGUAGGAGAGUUAAGUGCGACGAAACCAGACCAAUAUGUGAACGUUGCAAGAAGGGAAAUAGAGAAUGUGUCUACCCGGACCCCCCGUCAUCAAAAGGAUCCUCAGCCUCGAGCGGCAAAUCCAAAGAUACUGCAACUUCUGCUCAACAAACCAGUCCAACUUCGUCCAAAUCAGAGGAUGACGAGGACAUCGAGCAAGAGAGUAAAUUAGAAAUGAUUGUGGACCAAGAAGAAGAUACUGAAGACCAAACCAAGUCUUCGGUACUCUCCAGACAGUCAAAAAGUGUCUCGCCAUCGACCGCAACAGCAACACCAAGUAGCCUUGCAGCUGUCUAUUCCUCCUCCGAGUUUCCUAUACAGACAGGCGAAGCCGACUGGUCACAUCUACCACCGGAGUACCAACAAGGCCUCUCCUUUUUCGUGGAAAACCUUAACCAUUUCAAUUAUUGUAUACCCCUGGACUCGGAUGGCUUUUUUACAAAGAUUCUUCCGAAUAUGGCCACUCGCCACGAGCCCUUGCUCAACGCGCUCGUAGGCUUCUCUGCAUACCAUAUCACUCUUCGAAACCCACAGGGAAAGCUCCAGGACUUCUUACAGUAUUACAACAAGAGCGUAACGCAGCUCUUGGGCUUGUUUAAGAGACGAGAAAAGCCUAACGUUGCUACUCUUCUCACUAUUCUGCAGCUUGCCACUAUCGAGGAGUAUUUUGGCGACUGGGUCAAUCUAAUGGGACACCAAAAAGCAGCUUUCGAAAUAAUAACGAGUAUAUUCACCCCCCAGACAGUGAUGCAGACGCCCGUUGGCCGCAUGUGCCUCAGCUGGUACGCGCGAUUCGAUAACUUCGUUGCCCUCAUGGGAGGAUUCCCUACCGAUCUGCCGCGCGAAUGGUUUCAAGCGAUGUUGGACUUUUAUCAAUCCGGGAUUACGUCGAACCCAGAUGAGUUACAUUGGAAAAUCGAUGCGUGGUCCGCACGGCUUCGCCUGAUCUCUUACGACAUGUCGAUUUUGUUCGCCCGAGGUAGUAGAGGGCAGAUAUCCCAGGAGGACUUUGUGAAAGAGCAUGAACUCUUGAACCAACAGCUCAUAGAGUGGAAGGAGAAACGCGACCCUGCCCUGCAGGAUCCCAAAUAUCUUAUCAAGGAUUUUCCUCCGGCAGAAACUCUCGACCCGGACGACUUUGUCAAUCCCUAUACGGUUGGAAUACUUUACGAUUUCCCCCUGUUCGACGUCACAGUUCUAUGCGCAGAAUGGAAUAGCAUCAUGAUAAUGCACAAAUGCCAAUCAUCAGGAAUGAGACCGGACCAACUGUUUGCGGAUCUAAACCGCCAUGCAUAUAGGACAUGCCAAUAUUUUGAAACAUUGGAGUUCUGGCCUUCAACUCCAAGAGGCGUUUUGGUUCUGAUACAAGCAUGUAUUGCUAUUGCAGCUCUUUUCUGCCCUCAGGAUGCGAGGCAUCACAUGUGGUUCCGCCGGAAGUUUGCUUUACUAGAGACUAUGGGGUAUAUUCAUCCUCUUCCGCUACGUACAAAAAUGGCAGAGUUAUUCCGAGAACCCGACUGCGUAAACUGGUGGCUGCCAAACGAAGAAGGAUUCAGCCCAGUAUUACAGGAAAUCCGUAAUUUUGCGGAUGAACGGAACGCUGCAGCUGUCACAGCUCAGCAAGAAAGUGUUCGUGAGGUUCGACAUAUUUUCGCCAAGAUGUCAUUGAUGGACGAUGCAAAUGCCCCGUCAAGCUCUAGUCCAGACUCUGCUUCAGGCCCCAGUGUUGAUUCAUCCGGUGCGAAGCGAUGA